CCUUUGUUGGACUACUUGUAUAUAUAAUUUUGCUUGUUUUAUUACAAAAACUUUAGAGGUGCACAGCAGAUUAGCAGGUACACAAAGCUGCACGAACACAUAAAGUGUUUAUAAGUCAGCUUGGUGCACAAAGAGGUAAUAAGUUAAUUGAGCGCUCGGGGUUUUGCUGUUUAUAUUCCAUUGGAGGCAAAUUCAGCAGCAUUGGGCAGAUUUGUGCACUCUUCAGAGUUAGGCUAUAGGCUAUUAUUCUUUUUGGGUAACUUAACACAGCUGCGUAAACACUGUUCUGGGCCCAGUAUCUGCUUGAUUUUGCCUCACUGUCCCUUUUUUCAAUCAUACAUUUCUCAGUUUUGUAGUAAAAUGCUUUUUAGUAUUGAUCAUAUUGGCAAAGCUGAUUUAUAAAAGAAAUGAUUUUUGAAACAACAAGUUUUGGUAUUUAUUGAUGUAUUGAUGGUAAAAACAGUUAUGUGCAUAUGCAUUUGAUCCACUGUCUAAAAUGUAAAUCAGUAGCACUGAGUGUUCCCGACCAGAGAUCUGUCCUGUCGGUUCAGGAGCAAACUUAGCAAGAUGUCUUCUACGGAUGAGUAAGCUUUCUUGCCUGGGUGAGGCAGUACUUUCCUCAUGUGCUUCCCACCACCCCCUUUUGUGUCUCCUUUUUUCAGUGAGAUUCUUGUUGGUGACUUGAGCUUUCCAGAGAACUCGCACUACAAACAUUCCAGGCUUCUCGAGCACAGAGGAGCUGGCCAGCUCAGCACAGCUGGGAACCUUAUAAGACUCUGGGGUUCUGCGUCUUGAGCAAUAUCUCUCUCCCCUUAAACUCCAUACCCUGGCGCACUUGGGGAAGUGGGGGGUGGGGUGACUGAUCUCUGCAUUCCAGUCUGUCUAACAGGGCAACGUGCCAUCUAAAUCAAGGCAAUUCCCAUUUGGCUUACAUACACGAACAAACAUGCAAGUUGGUGUAGAAAUAUGCUCAGAACAGCCUUAAAGCAUGCAUACUGUAAGCUGUCUUUCUGCCUCUGCAAGUGUCUUGCAUAUUCAUCUGCACACAGGGAAAAAUAAAUGUGUCUUUCCCCCCAAAGCACAUGAUAUUCAUCUGCACCAGAGCAAGGCAGUUAAAAGAGAAAGCCAUUGUCCAGUGUUCUUUCUAUUUUCUGCUCUCUUGGCUGCACCCGAAGUUGUUUUUGAAAGAAAAAAAAAAAAAAAAGACGAGUCCAUGUGCAAAGAACUGGGGCCAGGGCACCAUGGGUGAUAGAGUGACAUAAGAAUGAUGGAGAGAUAGCGGGAAAGCAAGAGAGGAAUGAAGGGAAGAAAAGAGGAGUGCUGAUCCUGUAGAGGAGGCACAAAGGGUUGAGAUGGGGGUGCUUGCUGGAAUUAACCACAAAAGAGAGAGAAAGUGAACAACGAUCAGAACCAGUGACAGAGUUGCAGAAAAUAAGCGGGGUAAUUUUUAAGAAGCGAUGUUUAAAAGAAGUGCAAGGACACAAAGAAAGAAAAGGAGCCCAGACGCGAGACAUGGAUGUUAGAACUGAUAGUGAGAGCUACCUUGAGGUGUUACUAGUUUCUGACUACUUUUUAUUGAAUUACAUUGAUAGGAUAACCCAGCAUCUGUUUUUAAACUUUGUCCUUGAAUGACUUACAUGACCCGAAUGCUACUUUGCAAUGUCCAUCAUUGAUCUCACACACCUGAACCAGUUAAUCAGGUCAGUAGCUUCACAGACGCAGGCUUGGGUACUUCUCCUUACAUUCAAAAGUCAGUCACUGUCACUAUGCCAUGUGAUUCCCAUUCUAUGAAUUUUCUAAUACUUGGAAAGCUCUAGAACAUAAAACAUUGUGCACAGUAUGGGGGUAGUGCACGUAGUUUACAUCAUCUUACACACGCGUUACAUUCACAUGCUUCGUUUCUCAAUUGUAAACAUACACACAUACCCAUGUGAUGGAAAGACGGGUGGGGCGGGGAGAUUUCAGUGCCAGUUUGUUGAGAGAUGUGAACACUAGAAGGUGUUAUACCAGAACAGAAGAGAGCACUGACCUUACACACACUUCCCUUCAACUUUAUUCUUCAGCCUAGCUGCAUGUCCAUGUCCAUGUUGUCUGUGUACAUGGCCCACCUCCUGGUGGCUCACCUUCAGGGGUAAUUUGCCAUUAGUUUUUUUUUUUUUCAAUUUCAAAAUUAAAUCCAAUGAACAGACUGACACUAAACUAGAAAUUCUAUGUAAGCUGAGUCAGUUCCAGUGAACGCAGUUGACGAUUACACUUACUGGCAAAUUUACUAGAAUGGAUACCAACAGUAUUCAGCGCCAUUUUGGAGAAGAAUAAUACAACGCUGUACUACAUCAUGACACCAAUCAGAAAAGACUACGUGGAUUAAUAUUUUAACCCUAAACAUGGUAGUAAAUGACUUUCUGCCAUAAAUAGUGCCAUAAACUGCACUCCCUGUAGUCACUUACUAUAGAGAGCUAAUUAGUUAGCUAGUCAUAUUUUGUGUGAGGAUAAAUAGUCACAGCUAGCUGGCUAGCUAAUACUGUUGUGAGUUGCUACUGAUCUUGUUCAAGCCAUCCUUGUUUCAAAAUAUUUCUUAUCAGUACAAUAUGGAAAACCAGUCAGAUUUAUCCUAAUGUUAAUGAUAUCUAGCCAAACAUCAAACACAUUCCUGUGUCUUAUCUAUAUGGCUAUGCUAGCUAUUGUAAUCCCUGCUAGCUACCUAAUAUACUUACAAUGCAUACAGUUUAAUAGAAAAUAGAGUUCAGUUUUUUAUAAGGCAUUUAUGGUGCCACUAAAAUAGUUUUAUGUUCUGAUUAAUAGCACAGAGCAUUAUAUAAUUAAUAUAAUAUAAUGUAACUAACCAGAGAACUUUUUGAAGCAUUUUUGGAGUUGUCCAUGUGAGUUUACAUUGGGCUCCUCUCACCUCUCAAACAUGUGAAAUUGCUAAGAUAAAUUGCUGCUAGUCGUGAAUGAGUGUGUGAAUGUGUAUGUGUAUGGUGCCCUACAAUGGAUGGGCUGGCGUCCCAUCCAGGGUGUAUUCCCGCCUUAUGCCCAGUGUUCCUGGGAUAGGCUCUGGAUCCGCCACGACCCUGACCAGGAUAUUACUGAGAAUGAGUGAGUGAGUGAGUGAGUGGAUAGACGAUGAUUAUGUUCCAACUUUUAUCUCAAUGUUUGGAAAUGAUGAAUCAUUCCUUAACGAUACAUGGACAAGACAAUGAAUGCAGCAAAAUAGGCUGCACAACUCUUCAUGAGAACCUCAAUGUCCAUAUCCAGAUGUUCUACUCUCUUCUUCUAGUUAAGCAUUUGUUAUAGAGCUACUUCUACUUCUCGAUACAUACUGAUAGAUGAUACUGACCCAGAAACACAGCAUGGAAGGGCAGCUUGCAACACACUUUCAGGGAGUAGACAGAGAUCAAGUAUCCAGUUUUGGGCUUACAGAGCUUAUGUAAAGUCAGUGGGAGUGAGAGGGAUCAGAUCCAACAUCAACACUUGGAGUGAAGGCAACAUCUACUUCAGUGAAGCGCCACAAACUCAUUCUCGGCCCAAGAUAUAUUAUGCCCAUCAUGAUUUUAGUAAAGCUUUGCUUGAUUCCUUGUCAUACAUCUUAAGAUUGGAAGUUGAGAGGGUGCACAAUUUUCUGGCUGACUUUUAAUAAGUUUUCAUAAAGCUGUCUUGCAAAGGUGUGGGGCUCAUUAAAGCAGAAUUAACACCUCCUCUGUGUUCAUAUGAGUGUGGGGGACAAAAAAGGGAAACAGGUACAGAAAAAGUGUUACAAAUAAGAAAAAGCAUAAGAGUUCUUGGUCCUUUCUAUCCAAGAAGCCCAGACGUUCUGUUCCAUCAGUUAAGCUGCCUGAGUAAGCAGCGGUAACUGUGUUAACAUCUUGCUCAAACAUUAAACUCCAACCGCAUGUGUAUGGUACAAAAACACAUUUGUUUUCUUGCUGUCUGCUGUCUGCAAUGCAGGCCACCCGUGGAGUCGUCAUUCAACCAGUGUUAGACCACUGUAAUGGAAUUAAAAUGGAACUGAAUAGACACUUCUUUUCAGGAAAUGCAUAAUACAGAUCUCAUUUGUCUACAAAACAAAAUGCACAGAUGUGAUUAUCCUUGUCUAUAAGAGGAACCCUGAACCACAGGUCAUGUUUUGCUCGAUCAAAUGUUGCUUGGCUGGCUGCUUCAAGCUGGGAGUUGCCAGAGAGGUAUUUGUAUAAUACAUCUAAACAGCUGAAACUGGGAGGCCACCAUCACAGCCCUUUUCAGAAAUGUGCUAUCAAAACAAGGCACAGAACUUUUCCUGUUCUUACAAUGGAAUAUAGUUUUCAUUCUGCAUUACUGUGUUUGUUGGUGUAAGUGUUGGUGGGGAGCAAUGCAGCAACAGCACAAUGUGCACUCUAAUGAAUUAUUCUGUUUUUCUCAUCUUUCCCCAAAUUAAGUAGAGGCAAGUUCACUUAACCAGACAUCAGCAGCAGUGCAAUGCAAUAACAUCAUUCAUAAAGUCAAGACAGGACAGGUGAAGGUUGGAGGUUUUAACAAUCAUCAUCUGUCCAGUUUGGUGAGCCUGUGCCCAUUGUAGCCUCAGAUCCCUGUUCUUGGCUGACAGGAUUGAAACCCUGUUGCUGUUGUAGCCCAACCACAAGCUUUGAUGUGUUGUGUGUUCUGCUUUUCUACUCACCAUGGUUGUAAAGAGUGGUUAUUUGAGUUACCGUAGCCUCCCCUCCUCUGACCUCUCUCAUAAGCAAGGCGUAUGCAGAACUGCUGCUCACUUGAUAUUUUUUGUUCUCCACUCCAGCCAUUAAUUAUUGAAUUGUUCUUUAUUUCUCUAUUUUUCUCCCCACAUUAAAUAUAAGCAAUAUCACUUAAGCUGACUAAGAUACACAGUGUGUUGAGCGUUGUGACUGAAAAAAAUAGAAUUUAACAAAUAUAUGAUAGGAUAACUUAAUAAAUAUUAUGUCUGUCCGUUAUAUUUAUAACGGUAUAGUUUUACAGUAUUUUAUCUGUACAUGACCUGUGAAAGCAGUCUGUUGUUCAGUGAGCACAUUUAAUCCCUAGUGUCAGUGUACUUUUUUCCAUAACUGAUGGCUGCUUGGAGCCUAUUGGUGAUGGGUAUGUAGCUAACAACAGUAUGGAUUUUUCCAUUGCUUUUCAGAAGUGUUCUACAGGGCAUUAGGCAGGAUGUGUGUAUGUGUACGUUUGUGUGUGCUUACCCCAUGACCUGCUGUCUCUGUGUUUGUUGUAGCUGCAUGCAUGCACAGUAUUGGCCAUGGUUGUCUGUGCUUCAUUAGAUGUUUAUUCUCCACAUUUUAAACAUUGUGCGUGUGCAUUCCAUAAGUGUGACAGCAUCACCCAGUCAACAAUCCACCGUCACACAGUCAUCCCAACAAAGCUCCUUCCUGUUUGCACUGAAAGCCCAUGUCCCAGGAGAGACAGUGUCAGAAGCACACACACUCAGAAAAAGAGAAAAAAGUGAGAGAAAGACAGACAAAGAGAGGAAUAGUGUCAAUAACAGAGAGACGGAGAGACAGAGAGAUGGGUACAGAAAAGAAACUGUAGUCUCCUUCUCUUUAGCUAGCCUUUUCUCUUUUUCCUGCUCUAUCCCUCAGCCUAUGAUGACAGCUCUAUGGCCUAUAAGAGCAUCUCAGUAAUGGAACUGACAUACAGUAUGCCUUUGUGAGAGUGUGAUGUGUGCACUCUCUCUCUAUCACUGGUUCCAAGCUCCAUGCAGGGCAGAAUUAAAGCGGGUCUUGUCUACAGCCCUGCGGCAUUCCUCCGCUCUCCCAGAGGUAGACAGCCUGAUCCCAGCUUGGCGUGCUGUGCUCGCAGCUUGAGCUCCUGAGGUGUUUACCCUGGCAAGGCCUUGUAUUUGAUCAACCUGUUUGUCCAAUCCAACCCUUCUUUACACCCUCUCCACUCCCUGUCUCUUCAUAAUUUUACUUUACAUAAUGUAAGAGUGCUAGAUGAGUUGCAUUAGGUGUGCCCUAAUCAGUGUUCAUUAGGAGGCUGCAUACUGCUUAAAGGAUUAUAUUCAACAUACUGCUAAUUAUGAAAUAAAGAGAAAACCAUCUGUUACUUUAACUCAAAUUUGCCCAUUAUUUCAUCUUCAUUUUCAGCUUUCAUAAAAGAAUUGGCAGUACGUGAUUUUUAAGGUGUUUAAAAUUAUCUGAUCGAACUCUUUCUUUUUUCCAUUAGCUCUCUUUGCUAAUUCAGUUGGAUCAUCUAGCCUGCAGUGUUUACACAUCAAAGUGUGAGGGUUUGUGACACUGACAGCUCAAGAAGAUUCCAGCAUUCCUGCAACUAGUGCACAAGUGCAAAUGCCUGGUAACAGCAGCCUGUCCUGCAGCUCCGGAUAGUGAUUAAUGAAGCCUGGCUGUGAAAAUGCAAUGUUCAAUUGCUGAUUCAGGAUUUGUUUUCUCUGCUUUAGUUUUCCUGAUCAAGGUUCUUCAGAUUGAACAGCUUAAACCAGGUACAUUUGAAUGUGUAUUCAGUGUUCUGUGAAUCCUACAUAUGCUCUGUAUCUGAACUCAGCUCAUCCGCGGGCAAAUUAAGUGCCCUAAGCCUGAAAGAGGCUGGCAUUGUAAAUCAGAUGUUCAGGUACUCAACCAUAGCGCAGUCCUGUGAUUAAGCCUUGGCGCUGGAGCGGCUGGGUGAAGACUUAAUGAGAUUAGCCUCUUCACUUGAGCAGGUUGUUUAAAAAACCUCAUUUUUAACCUCUGUGCAAUGUCCAGCUGAGAAUAUGAGCUAAUGUGCAUGUGUCUCUGUUUUCUUCCAUUGCCCUCAUAGGUAAAGUCGUAAACUAGAAAACCUGACCUGCUAUAAAAAAAGCAGAUUGCAGUAAAGCAAACACAGAUAGGAAUUCUGACGUCCUCAGAUUUGAUUGUCUUGCUCAUGAUGGUUAAAAUGGUCAACAAAAGAAUUGUUUGAGCAGAUUAGACCAGAGCUUUUCAGUUAAGUCUAGUAUCUUAUCUCAAGUCUAGUGUUCUGUCCAAUGUUUAAAUAGGAACACUAGUAAAAAUGACAACCAUAAGCGGAAGUGUAAUAUUCAGAAGUCCAAUAAACCCCGAUGACCCUGAAUCUCCAGCCUUUCCCGGAGCUCCGUUAAAUUCAUUCCAUCUCCAUCUACAUCAAAAAAGCUUUAAGCUACUGAAGAAUGAGGAGCAUUUGCUGACCCUGCUCCACCUCCAACCUCCCAUAAUUCUUUGCUUAGCCUCAGAAGCAAUGAAUCAGAGAGGGAUUAUUGGAGGCUGGAAUUGGAACAGGAUCCACCCUCCAGUGUUUAUUAGCACUGGGGCUCAGGGAAGCGACCACUUCAGGGAUAACAGCAGGACUGCAUUCUCCACUAUCAUGAUCUCCUGUACUUAAGAACAGGGAACUGCAGUCCAGAGAUAGCGAUUGACUGUAUGGGCUGGCAGGAACUGUGUGCAUGUGAAUUCAAGUGCAUGCACUACAGAGUGGGCCGGAAUUUUUUUUUUUGGUGCUAGAGUUAUCUGAGUGUGUGUAUGUGUGUUUGUGUUUCGGCAUGUGCUGACAGUGCUCUCAGGCACCUGCAACGUGUCACCCAAGCCAAUAGCACUUUUCAGCAAACAUCUGCCCCACUUCACCACCAGCACCCAUUCCAGCAGCACACAGCUCAGAGAAGUGCUCAGGGAAAAUAAUGAUCCAAACUGCACAUGGCUUCCCACGUCGGCUAAGUGACGUAACAGCUCUGAAGAUAAAAAUGGGAUAUAACAAUAUAGAACAUUGUGAAUUAUGAGAGCUACAAAUCUUUCACAUAUUACAUAACCAAAAUUAAUAUGGCACAACAAUCCACUUUGUGUUAUCAGUUGUCUAGGAGCAGUAGUGUAUAUUCAUCAAGUGAUAGGAUAACAGUCAUACAGUUAAAACUGUGCUUGUUUGGAGAAAAACCUGUCGUGUGACGUUCCAGCCUGAUUACCAAACAUGAAUUAGAGCAGUAAGUAGAUCAUGCAUGACAAUGACAGGUCUGGAUGUGCAGUGCCUACAUACUUGGAGAGCUUGAAAUUCUGCAUUGAUAAGAUGGCAUGACCUGGCCCUGCCACAAUGAGAUAAAACGGGGUAAACAAGUGGAGUUCUGUUCAUCUCUUGCCUUUGUCUCUCUAUUUUUAUUGCUUUCUCUCUUCAGCCUCUCCCUUGUUUUUCUCUACAGUUUCUUUGUUCCUCCUUCACUUUUCCUGUGUGGGCCACCUCGGUUUCGCAGCCUCCGUCUCCUCUGCUGUCUCUGCCUUGUUCUUCCACACCCUCUACUGUCACUCUUUCUCUCUACAGCUUAUUUGUGCUCCAAAUAUUUUCUACCUUCCUCCACCUCUGUCCUCUUUGCAUUCCUUCUUUCACACACCCUGUCCUUCGGCCAUUUCUUUUAUAUUUUCACCUCUUCCCCUUUUCCGUCCAUUAUCUCCAAUAUUUCUGGUCUUAUCUCAUUUGGAUGUUCUGUACACACAGUGACAAACUCACAAACUGCCCACAUACUACGCCAUCCUCCUGAUACCACGAAACUACUUCCUGUUCCCUGUAUCUCUUGUAGUUGUGGGAAAGACGUCUGUAUAUCUCAUGUUAAGAGGACAGCAAUUAGCACACGCAUCCUCUCAGUAAGGGUGUGACUGCUGUGUCGAGGUUGAUCUUCCAGACAGCGGGACUGAACACUUAGUGCACAGUGUAAGAAGAAGAGUAGGUGUGAAGCAUGUAACAGUUCAGGGAUAGUCUGCAGUUUGUGAAUUGGGGACAAACGAGUGGCUCAGUACAGCUGUGGCGCCCUAAAUGUCUGCUGUCUCCUCUGCCCGAUUUAGCUCACAACCCUGCUGUCAGCCUGCCUGCCCCUUCAGUGCCUAGGGAGUCUGGAGUGGAGGACUGGUUAAGGGUGUGUGUGUGUGUGUGUGUGUGUGUGUCUGUGUGUAUCAGAGGAAGAAGGGGUGGGGGGAUUUGUUGCUGUAAUCUAUACCAGAGGGUGGGUGUAUCAAAGAUUAGAUGUGGUUUUUGUGUUCUGAAGGCUGUUUAUUUCACAGAAGACCAUUAUUCUGUGUUCAUACUAAUUAUAACAAAGCAUAGCAGAAAUAUCUGUUUGGUUAGAAUGUAGCUGCUCUGACAGGAGUGCUGUCUGUAAUUAAAAUCACACUCAAAUCAGCACUUGUUCUAAUAUGUUAUCAUUUCUGUAGUAAUAAUUCAUUCACUGGGACUGUCCACAUGAUUUAAGAUUAAUAAUAAGGGGAUACAAACUAUGUUGAUAUUUAACUAGGAGAAGAGUACAAUCAUUGAUAUGGUGAAGCUUUCUGUAAGGAGACAUUUAUUUACCAUUUACGGAAGGAAUCUCCAGUGUCAGCACUUUGUAACAUUCAGUAAGUUUCUUCAGGACAGAGGACUUUGUGCUGUCUGGUUUCUUGGUAACAUGACAAGGUGCGUUUUUGUUAUUUUUUUUGCCUCAUUAACUUCAAGAGAGAAAAAAAGAGUGAAACUGGUGAGGGUUCGACUGUUUAUAGCUGCCAUAACAUAAGUGAUAACAGUAACUGUUUCAUGGCUGUUCCACAACAUGAAAUGUUUCAACAAAUGUUUAAAAAGAAUGUUUAGAGUAGUUGGCUGUGGUAUACAAGGAAUUAAACACGUCCAGACAUGCUAUUAUUGGAAAAUAAUAACUUUGGGGUGGUAACAGCCCUCCACGGGUCAUAUCACACCACCCCAUGAUUAUUUUACUAUAACAGCACACCCUGUUGUUUCAUUCCUUAUGUUUUUCUGUUGUACUUCUCUGCUGUCUCAUAAAGGAGUUACAUAUUAAGUGCAAAUUUGUCAUUCAGAAUAACAAUCAGAAUAAAACUACAAAUAAAAUUGGGAGGUGUCUUUCUAUCUUUGACCCAUAUACAGUAGCCUAUAUGAGUAGGAGUACAUGCCUUAGAGGGAUUUUUUCCUGAUGUUUCAGAUCUCUGUCUAUGACUAUGUUUGUCCACCACAUACGGACACAAGCCAACCCAGCAGACAUUCCGUAAUCGUUCCCAGGCUUACCACUCAUGCAUUCAGAGGAAGCUGGCUGACUAAUUUGUCUCUCUGUCUCCCUGCCUGCCACAGUUUGUAUGGCCUAGUUUAAACAGUGUGACAUACAUUACACCAAAUACAACAUGACUGAACUCCUUUUCAUAGACAGCCCUAGAUUUUCAUGUCCAUUUUCGUAAGCAUGCCCAAUGCACUCUCUGUUCUGACCAUCCAGUCCACUUCUCCCACUCGCUCUCCUUUCUGGAAAUGCCAGAGGGGCCAAGGGGGCAUCUCUUUCUCAGGGUCUGCUGCUGCUGUCGGCACCACUCUGCCUGCUAGUGUCCAGCUGGGCUUCAGACGGAUGAUGAAAAGGCCUGCAUUGAGCAAAGUGUGGGAAUAGGAGGCGUACAACUUGCUUAGGCUUGCGACUGACACUGCUGCCACUCUCUGGGCGAUGAGCUCAUUGGUCUAUUGAGCAUGGGCAUUUUCUUAAAAGCUUUUUUUUUAUUUGAAGUGGUUACUCUGAUAUACAAAUGAGAACUGAUGUAAUGUUUAGAGUGGAACAGAUCAAAGCUGUGUUCAUUUCAGUUUGGAAAUUUUCCAAUAGACCAGUAGAGGUCGGUGUUUGUAAUCUGUGCUCAAUGGCACACAUCUGCAAAAGCUUGUUAAACUUAGUGGUGUCCUAAAAUAUAACUAUAUUAAUGAUUUAGUGCUUUGAAAUUAGCCACAUUCCUGGUGGAAUUUAAUUCUGCAUGGCCAGAGGUAGGGUCUUUGAUCCUUUAAAUUAGCAAAUAAAUCAAGAAGCAAAUUUUCAGAUAUCCAAUCAAACUGUUUAUAAUAGGUCUAGCAUGGUCUAUAUUUAUGCAAUAUUGCACACAUAAGAGUGCUGUUGUACCGAAUGUCAGCACAGCUGUGUUUCAGCCGUGGGCACAAGGAUGAGUGUCGCUGGUAGUCACAUCUGUGCUGAUAAUUGGUCCCAACAGCACAAGAAAUUAAUAUUGAGUAACUGACAUUUCAGACAAAAUAUGGCCGAAUAUUUUGUUUAGUUUUGCUCCAUCACCAAAAAUAGGUUCUAAAGAAGCUACAGCUGGAUAGAGCAUUGCGUGUGAUACAAACAGUGAAAUAGUGCAGUACCAGUGCUGUUAUUCUAAAUAUCAGCAUUCUUGGAACUCUGCUUGUCCAAUCAAAUUAGUGGAUUGGAAUUAACUGCUGUAUGCACUAUGAUAAUCAAGCUACAUUCCUACAUUAGUUUACUGACACUUAUGCCUAAAUGCAUGCCACUUUUUAAACAAAGUAACUGUAUGCAGAUGUGAUAUAAUAAUAAUAAUAAUAAUAAUAAUAAUAAUAAUAAUAGUAUAUAUUAGUGUUUCUCAGUCUUGAUCCUGGAGUACUUCAGCCCUCUGUUUUCCCUCCUUGAAGUUCAGUCUACUUCAGGCUUGUUAAUGAGCUGCUGAGUUAAUUUAGGUGAGUUGGGAGCAAGGAAAACACCAACAUGUGCAUGGGGAAGGGGUAUUACACGACCAGGAGUGAGAAACACUUUCCUAUAUUAACAACUCUGUUGUAAUCCUGCAUUUAACUUAAUUCUGUUUUGUGGCACAGAAAUUAAUGGACAUUGCAGCCAAAAAGGAAAUGCUCUCCUGCCAAUUGCUUCUUGUUUCUUACCUUAUCUUACAUUUUAAAUAUUCUGCUCUACUUCUUUCUCUUUGUCUUGUCACAAAGUUUACCAAAUAAAGUACAUGUAUUGCAUGUUUUUUUAAUUAAUGUAGAAUCAUUUUUAUGACAGUCAAGUUGCAUGAUAUUGUAAUACAACCUAAAACUAACUGCAUGAAAGUUUCACAUGUAAAGAGUCCAGAGUUAAGGCAGGCAGAGUUGUUUUCUGAUUCUCCUGAUUUCCAGACCUCCUGAUCAGUUAGUACAGAGAGUCAGUCACGUGAUUAUAAUACAGCGCAAACUGACAUUUUAUUUCAGUGAUUUCAGUGGGAAAAAAACUUUCAAUGGAGUGUUUUUAAAUCUCAUAUAGCAAUGGUAGACUUAUGCAUCUCCAUGUGUGCGCGCACACGCGCACGCGCUCGACUGCGGAACAGCGCGGGUUAACAGAGCUCGAGAUACCCCGCUUUGGGGCGGGGACGCGCUUCUGAUUGGCUCCCGUUUGUCUUACGUCAUUGACUCGGCGCUGAGGUGUGUCUUCAUGACGCAAAGCGAGAGGGGCGUGUGUUGUGAGCGGAAUCAACUGUAGAAACAAUAACAUUUCAGCGAGACCCCCUCGACAGGUUUAAAUGCGCUAGUGAGGAGCUGUGAGAGAAAGCGGAACACUCAGCACAGCCACAGGCGAGUUCCGAGCAUCCGGGAAACUUCUCUUCUGCUCAGCGGAGGCGCGAGCGAAGAUGCUUCCUUUGUGACAGGCUCGAGCGAAUGAGCUCACAACUUACAGCACUUCAUCUCAUUUCGCGCUUUUUUUGUAGACCUCCUGCGCCCGGACUGGCAUGUGGGUCAAUUCUGGAAGCGUUGGAAGGGCCCUCUCCAUGGAUAUAGACACAGACUAUGAAAGGCCUAAUGUGGAGACUAUAAAGUGUGUGGUGGUGGGUGAUAACGCUGUGGGCAAAACCCGCCUUAUUUGUGCUCGUGCCUGCAAUGCCACCCUCACGCAGUACCAGCUGCUCGCCACCCACGUGCCAACCGUGUGGGCCAUCGACCAGUACCGUGUGUGCCAAGAGGUGUUGGAAAGAUCUAGAGAUGUGGUGGAUGAAGUCAGCGUGUCUCUCAGGCUGUGGGACACAUUCGGAGACCAUCACAAAGACAGACGAUUUGCUUAUGGCAGGUCUGAUGUGGUGGUGCUCUGCUUCUCCUUGGCUAACCCGAACUCACUCCGCCACGUCCGUACCAUGUGGUACCCCGAGAUUAAGCACUUCUGUCCCCGCACCCCCAUCAUCCUGGUGGGCUGUCAGCUGGACCUCCGUUAUGCUGACUUAGACGCAGUGAACCGAGCCCGUAGGCCCCUGGCCAAACCCAUAAAACCCACUGACAUCCUUCCACCAGAACGAGGCCAUGAGGUGGCUAAAGAAUUAGGUGUGCCCUACUACGAGACCAGCAUUGUCGCCCAGUUUGGUGUCAAGGAUGUCUUUGACAAUGCCAUCCGCGCAGCACUGAUUUCUCGUCGCCACCUCCAAUUCUGGAAGUCCCAUUUAAAGAAGGUCCAGAGGCCUCUUCUUCAGGCCCCCUUUUUGCCUCCCAGGCCCCCACGGCCUGUAGUAGGGAUCCCCGACCCACCUCCCAUGGAUGGAGAAGGCCCAGACUCUCUCUUCUGCCAGCCCUUAUGCGCAGAUGUGCUGUUCCUUCUCCAAGGUGGUGCCACUCGUGUUUUUGCUCAUAAAGUCUACCUAGCCACUUCCUGUUCCAAGUUCUAUGACCUGUUCACCAUGGACCUAGGAUCUACAGAGGAGGACAAGGAUGGAGAUGAGACUCUGGAAGGUGGUGAGGAGGAGGAGCAAAGUCGAAGAGGAGCCAAAGAGCAGGCAGGACGUGCCAAGAGCCUUGACAUUGAUAAAGAUGGUGAUGGGGGGACCAAGGGUAGCAGGAGACUGCUUUUGCUGGAGCAGGGCUCAAUGAGGACUUCCCAAAGUGAUAAUGCCCUCCCAGCCAGGGGCCAUUACCCUGUGGGGUCCCUGGGGACCGGCCGCCCACUUUCAGGAUGGGGCCGGGGGUUCCUUGGUGUGUAUCUGGAAAAGGUGGAUGACCCAGUAACAGGUCGACCAAGACUCAUGACAGUUGUGUCCAUGGAUGAACUCAUUCAGGAGGCACCUUUCAGGGCCGUGCUGCAGUACCUGUAUACAGGUCACCUAGAUGAAGGCCGGAGUGACCUGAUGCAGGUGGCCACCAUUGCUGAGCUUCUGGAGGUUUUUGAUCUGCGCAUGAUGGUGGCCAACGUUCUGAACCGUGAGAGCUUCAUGAACCAGGAAAUCACCAAAGCCUUCCAUGUGCGUCGGGCCAACCGAAUCAAAGAGUGCCUGAGCAAAGGCACCUUUGCUGAUGUGGUGUUCCAACUGGACGAUGGCUACCUACCUGCCCACAAGCCUCUGCUCAUCUCCAGCUGCGACUGGAUGGCGGCCAUGUUCCGUGGAUCUUUCAUGGAGAGCUACAUUGAGGAGGUGUCCAUACCCAACACCAGUACUGCCUGUAUGAGAGCUGUGCUGGAGUAUCUGUACUGUGGCUUGCUCACGCCCUGCUCUGAGUUGGAGCCGAUUGACCUCAUAAUACUUGCCAACCGUCUCUGCCUGCCCCGCCUUGUGGCUCUUACAGAGCAACAUGCGGUUGAAGAGCUCUUGCAGUGGGCAGUAAAAGGAGCAGAUAUUGAUGGACAGGUGCUGGCUUACCUAGAAACGGCUCAGUUCCACAAUGCCAAACAGCUGUCUGCCUGGUGCCUCCAUCACAUUUGCACCAACUACAACAGUGUGUGUCGCAAGUUCCCCAAAGACAUGAAGACCAUGUGUCCAGAAAAUCAGAAGCACUUUGAGAAGCAGCGCUGGCCCCCCGUCUGGUUCCUCAAGGAGGAAGACCGCUACAACCGCUCAAAGAAGGAGCGUGAGCGUGAGGAAGAAAUCCUGCGCAAGCAGCACACCAAGCGUGGCUGGUGCUUCUGGAGACACCCGUCCUCCUCUGCACCCCACAUCUCCUGAGGGAGCAUCCUUAUCUGGCAACCACUACCACCCACACCCAAACCGCUCACCCUGUCUCGGCCUCAAGACUCACAGCUGAGCCUGGGAAGACCUGUGUCUGUGUCCAAUGUGUGCGUCCUGGCUGAUGGACAUUUGUCUGGGGCCACUUCACCCCCGUUCUUCUGCCUUCCCUCGUCAAGCCAGGUUUAAUGCCAAGCCUGAGGCAAAAAGCUGUGGCCCAUAAAAGAGUUCUUAGCUCAUCAACUGAAGGGGAGCAUUUCUCACUCUGUCUUGUGUGUUUCACUGUGUUAAUUCAGCAAGUUUGGAGGCCUCAUAGGGACACCACAUAGGGAAUGUCUUCAUGGCAGUGAUCUGCCUUUACCUUUUAAGACUGUUAUUCUUGUGCUACAACUACAAACCCACGCAUCCUCACUCACCCCCUCAGUACCAAGCCUAGGCGCUGGCGCCCGAGCAUGCAUAGAGCAUGGUGCUGUUGUGAUGAGCUUCUCCUGUGAAUCUUAUUUCUGGGGAAAAUAUCCAACAUAUACGAGCUACAAAUACCUUGCACCUAGCACCUAAAACAGCGUCAGGGAUUUGUUAUUCUGUAAACCGCAAAGGUAAAUCCAGCUGAACUGUGGUGCAUGCUUUUUGCCUCAGUAAUGAAUAACCUUUGCCUAUUCUCUCGGUAAGAGAAAAAAAAUUGCUUUGGAUCUUCCGUAGCCCCUUUCUAGCUCUUUAUGCUAAUUAUUUUUUGUUUUCCAGUUUUCCACUGAGGCACUAUUGGGGAAAUUCCACUCAAGGGCCCUCAUUUAUCAACAUUGCUUACUAACAAAUCUGUGCAGAUAUUGCGUUUACGAACUUUUCAGCAUAAAAUGUGGGAUUUUUCAAAACGAACGUUUGCUUAGGUUUUGGUGUGUAUUUUUGCAUGGAGGCACAAAACUAAUACUGAUAAAUUUGUGGCAUCAGUUGCGGCCUAAAUUGGAGAGACACCUGUUCUACCUGUUCAUGUACAAGUUCUUUCAACCAUAAUAUUAGCCUACAGGCACAUUUCAGAGAGAAAUGGGGAUAUAGCAGGUAUUUCCCCAAACACCACAAACAGAAAUAUUAAACAGCACAGCUUAAUUAGUCUCCACAGUAUUGAUUAAAAUCUCAGCCUCAGAAAGAAGUUUCUUUCCAAAGCUGAGAUUUUGAUUUACUAGUUUGUUCGUGAAAGUUGUAGUACCCUUUGAAGCGAUGCUUACAUACUAUAUAUGGUUAAUUGUGGGUGUGUCUGUAUUUAACCGAGCAGUGAAAUGCACAUGCACUAUGAACAAUUUAUAUUUAUUAAGCUUUAUAGUGCACACUUGUGCAUAUGAUAUGCAUACUCACUGUUGACAAAUCCCAGUUUUGCUGUGUAGAUGAAACUGUUCAGAGGCUUUUCUACGCAAUGUUGACACAUGAGGGCCAAGAAUUUUAUUGCUACCACUUAAAGUUGACUAUGGGCAGAAACAGAACAAUAAAUAAACAUGGCACGAUGCUCCGCUCAUUAACCUACGAAGGCUCUAAUAAAGCACCAAAGAGACGAUUCUGGUGUGGGAAAAGUAACACUGAGGUCUUAAUUUAGGGCUAUUCCUACCACUGCCAUGGGAGUAUUACCAUUCUGUAAAGUCAGUUAGAUGAUUAGGCUUUUGUUCUGACCACUAGCAAGUUUUAUAAUUUACUUGCAUUUACUUCUCCAAGCCACUAGAGGCAGUGUUGUUUCUUCAGUUGUAUAACGCUUUAGACCAAGGAAAUUAAUCCAGAAUUCUUGCCUUUUUUUGUGGUUUCCCACCUUUAUAUGAGAGUAACCUUUCAAGAUUUUUGUCCCGGAGUUUUAAAAUCUACUCAUUUGCAACAUAACCAAAAAUAAGGUUGCCAUGUUUUUCCUUUCUCCUUUUUGCUACGAACUAAAUUAACUUCCCUCAGUCUAACCUGCUGCGUUCUACCUCUGCAGACAGAAAGAAGUUUGGGAUUCAGUCAGUGUGGUGUCUUUUCUUUCUUUUUUUUUUUUUUUUUUUUUUGUAAUUUGCAAAUAUAAGACCACAGAGCUAUACCUUCUCUUUCCAGUUCAUGCAGUGAAAAUGGUGCUUGGAAAUACUAAAUAUCACAGUGAUAGUAUUCUUUUCUCACAGUGGUUAUUUUUCUCUUGCUUAUGUAAUUAAUUACUUUGUGUGACAAUCCUAAACAAAAAAAAAAAAAAACUUGACUAUUUAGGAAAGCAAAGGUGUUGGCUAAAAGAUUGUUUCUUUUUUUUUUUUCAAAAAGCUUUAUGACUUUCAUUUGAAAGGCUUGUAGCAAAAUGGAAGAUGGGCUUUGUGGUAUUACUGAUCUACUCUACUGAUGUGGUAUUAAUGUGGUAACAUAGCACAGCUCAGUAUUUAUAACCUCUCCACUUUUGUCCCUACAUCAAGUAUCAAGUAUUUCUCGAACACAUUGUGCUGUUUCGUAUCUGGUGAUCCUUAUUGCCCUGUGCCUGUUACAUUAUCGAAACUGAGUACACAGUAGACAUCAUUGUUAUUUAGGUAUUUGUUUGCUUGGGCUGUGCUGAAGAAGGCGCUAUAUUCUGAAAGCUCAGUUUCACAUGAGUGCUAUUUUUGUAAAUGUUAAAACAGAAAAAAUGUUAAACUUUUUUUGUAGCACCUUUCACUAUUUCUGGCUUUCAGAUUUUUCACCUCCGUGAGGCUGCACCCAGGUGCCGGUGGUAGCUAGCUGGAGACAUAUGAUGUGGAAAGAUUUUUUCUCACUAGAGACAUGCUAGAAUAAUCAACAGCUACUGAAAUAGAUAUGCGAGAGAAUCUCAACGGGCCCAUGUGUGAAUGAAGCUGAUCUUUGGAAGGAAGGAAAUAGCAAAAGACUUUAACACACAGAGGGGCUCUUUUUGCUAGAUCUUAAAAAAGCUAAGACAUUUUAGAUAAUUAAAAAUAGCAGUUGGUGAUCUAAAAUUAGCCUGUGUUCCGCAAAAUAAUAUGCCGGUUAAUACACCAGUUUACAAUUGCUCUGCUAAAUAACUGUCUCAGUACUAAGCACUUCAAUAGCAACCUAUGUUAAAACAACUAUAAUAUAGUUCUCGUAAACAAAUCAAUAGUGUUUACUUCUUAUACAGUGUAUUUCUGUUCUUGAAGGUGGAACGUGUUGCCUUGGUGAUUUUGGGCACUUUUUUCCGUCCCUUACACAUUUUCUGUCUAGAUCUGUCGUGCAUGACUGACUGUUCCUAAACUCCAGCAUUUAAAAAGACAUUACAUUUUGUAGCAUGGUAAAUUUUCUUCCAUAAAAAGGUGGACGUUUUUAGCUCCAUGCAGUUUGUGUUCAUUGUUUGUUGGUGAAGGCAAUGAUGUCUUUGUAUAUUACCUGUGUGCUUUAUUGUUAUUGCCUUUGCUAAGUUUAGGUUUUAAGAACAGAUGGGGUGUAUGCUGUGUUUCUGUAGUUCUGGGACAGUUUUGUGGAUUUUGUAUGAGUAUUAUUAGAAAAGUUAUUACGGCUUGGGUAACAUUUUGAGACUUUUUUCAACAGCGCUAACAAUUGAUAAGCCCUUAUUAACAGUGUAACAGCCUAUGCACUUUAGCCUAAAUUGUGAAAAGCAAACUUAUUUUCCUGAUUUUAUAGUGAUUGCCUUGAAUUUUACAUUGUAACAUGGUGAGUGAUGCACGUUUACAGGAAAUGUGCAUGAAGAAUGGUCUCUUGGACAUGAUUGCAUGCAGUCAUGCGUACAUUUGUAUUACGAAUCAGGUGUGCACUUUGUCAUUAGUCUGUUCUCCUAUAUGAGCCCAUAUACAAAUGUGUGUUACAUUUAGGGGAAACUCUAAUGACCGUUUUAUACACAGUUUUUAACUGGUAUCAUGUCCUUGCUCAAAAAAAAAAAAAAGAAAAGAAAAAAAAAAAAAAAAAAAAAAACCUACACCAUUUUCCCCCCAGAGGUUGCAAUAGUAAUGCUCCAUAGGGCUCAGUGUUGUUGUAUCCUGGCAUUACCUGUGCCUUUGACUUUUUUUUUUUUUUUUUUUUUUAUUAAGAAAAAAAAAUCAUGUUGCCUUUCUGAAGAGGGCCUCUUACUACUGCCUUUAGAUGUUGAAUAAUUGUAAAGAAAACCAUGUGUGCACACACAGGCACUUAGCCAGGCAGCUGACCACCGCAUUCCUCCUCUUACUGUCAGUGCCUGUGGAUGUUAUGUAGCACAGCUUACUGUUCUCUAACCUGUCUUUAUGCUGCAUCCUUUUCAUUGCUUUUCUUGUAUGAAAUAGUUCCAGCUCUCUUUGUUUUGCUGAACUGAGUGGAAAUAAAUGCUUUGGGUUAGACGUGAUCAUGCUGGUACAGCUGCGGGAGAGUACGUACAGCCUACAUUAGUCAUAGCAGUUGGACGCUCAUGCCCUCUACAGAAGCAAAUGAGAACUAUUGAAUGCAGCUUAUUAUGCAGCACGCAUUUUAUGGUGUGAUGGAAAGAUUUUGCAUUAUUGGGAAGCCAAGGGCUGCACAUGCUUCUUCCAGCGCUGCUGUUUCCUGUCUGAUUCAGCAUCCCCUCUCCAAAUUGUUCACUAUUCUUUCUUCCAAAUAUGGUUUCCUCAUUUUCUGUACCUCACACUUUGUAUACGUACCUCUUCUUAAUUAUGAUGAUUUUGAUUAAUUGCAGAAUUUGAUCUUUGGGUAAAACCCAAUCUUGUAAUUUCCAUGCAGUGAAUUCAUAAGACAGAGCGUUAGGUGUUUGUGGUUUAGAUGCUUUAUGCAUUUUUUUCAUGCAUCUUAUACAAACUGCUGUGGGGAAUAACAAUAUGCAAAGGGGUUAAUAUUAUCAAACUUCGAUUAUACAGCUCUCACCUUCAGUGGAAGUGGCCUUCUUUAAACUAACAUGCCAAUUCUAACACUAAUGGUAUCGUCAGUUUUACAUACAAUGCGGAUCUCCGUCUCAAGGCCACCUCGAUGUUGGAGAGCGGUCAGCAUCUGAGUAAAAGCUGAUGACCAUUCUUCCUUUUGUUCUGUUCUCUUUAUAUUAUUAUAUGAUUAUUAUACCAUUAAGCACUUUGUGUUAAUCUUGUUAACUUCUUACUUCUUUUGAAAAUUGCUGUUAAUGUAAUGAAACAAAUAAAGAGCACACACAACACACUAUAAGGGCUUUUUUUAAAAAAAAAUUCAAAAAAAAAAGAAAAGAAAGAAAGGCAACAAUCAGAAUGUUUUGCAGAUGCUGCAAAAAAUGUUUUAAUGAAACCUUUGUAAUACUUUUUUUGAACCACUGUGAUUUGUACAAAAUGGAACAAAUAAGUAGGGGAAAUGCCGUUUCAGUAUUCUAAUGUUUAACUGGGCUUUUAAUAAACUUUAAGUGGAUUA